CCUGACGCUCCACAGCUCGAGGGGAGUCGGCUCGAGAUCUCUCUGCUUUGAUGAGGUCCUUGCGCCUCAGUUGAAACUUUUCCCUGACGGACUUUAGCGAACGGGCACUUUACUGCGACUCGUUGAGAGCAUUAUGGUUAGAGGCAUCGAUAGGGCUUGUAAAAACGAAAUAUGUGGUUUUCGACCGUUUUGGACCGAUCUGCGUUGUUUUAAAGCGGGAAUGCGAGAAAUACUGUUAUAUGUAUCUGUCGGGACCGUGCGGUCGGCUGCGCUCUUUGAUGUCCGCUCUUAAACCCUGAGCUCAGUCCACACUGGAAUAAGAGACCAGAGCACAUUCAAACGCACUAUACAGGGAUCUAGUGUGCUCUUCGCGGGAGGAAGUUUGCGUUUAGAACCUAAAAUCUGCAUUUGACAACAAACAACAUCAGAGGACAGGAGGACUGCGUACAAUUGGAUAUAUUGUGGAAUAUAUUUGUUCUGUUGUUGGAAACCUGGGACUUUGGGGACUGAACUCAUGGAUGGAUGAGAGAAGCUCCCCUGCUGAUUUAAGAGAGAAAGGAGAUUACAGCUGAGCUUCACACUGAAGGCUUUGCUGCUGGAGCUGCUAAAGCCAUGAAUAGGACACUAACAGAUCCUAUGGUCAAUAGCUUCAGAGAAGAUGACCCACGUCCACCGGUCCCAGGGGAAGAGGGUGAGACAACAUGCCACCAUCCCAGCAAGCUGGCCAUGAUGAGACCGAAGGAUCCUGUGAAAACCAUUAUGGCUGAUCUUCGCUGUUCCACAGCCAGGAGGGAUGACGAUGGACUUGGGGAACCUGAGGGCAGUGCGUCCCCAGACUCCCCUCUUGCCCGGUGGACCAAAUCUUUGCAUUUCCUUCUUGGGGACCAGGACGGUGCUCAACUUUUCCGGGCAUAUCUUGAACGUGAGAAAUGCGAGGACACUUUAGAUUUCUGGUUUGCCUGCAAUGGUUUCAGGCAAAUGGACCUCAAGGAUACCAAAACACACAGAGUUGCCAAAGCCAUUUACAAGCGGUAUAUCGAGAACAACAGCGUUGUGGCCAAGCAGCUUAAACCUGCUACUAAGACCUUCAUUAGGGAUAAUAUUAAGCGUCAGCAGAUUGACUCUGCAAUGUUUGAUCAGGCUCAAAUGGAGAUCCAGACGGCUAUGGAGGAGAACGCCUAUCAGAUGUUCUUGACCUCAGACAUAUACCUUGAGUAUGUCAGAACCGGGUGCGAGAACCCCAGUCAUGUGAAUCCCAAUGGACUAGGAGGUCUAAAGCUGGUGUGCGGAUACUUGCCGACUCUAAAUGAAGAGGAAGAAUGGAGUUGUAAUGACUUUAAAGCCAAAGCUUUGGCCACUGUAGUCGGACUGUCUGCCAAAGCGAUACGGUCACCUCCAUCCCUUCGCGCAGUGGAAGCAUUGGAGAAAGGCUACAGGUCCUAUAGACGCAGCGACCCUGGAAACCCCUAUCGUGUUGCGUCCGGUUAUAGUUUUGCUCCUGCCACCAGUGCCAACGACAGCGAGGUCUCCAGCGAUGCCCUGACGGAUGACUCAAUGUCCAUGACGGACAGUAGUGUAGAUGCUAUCCCUCCUUACAAGCUGGGGAGUAAAAAACAGUUACAACGAGAGAUGCAGCGCAACAUGAGGAUGAACGGCCAAGUGUCACUACCUCCGUUCCCUUGCCACACCGCGCUAAAUGAGUCUGUUUUAUCCUGGGGCACCAAAAUCAACUGUGAGUGCUUUGAUCAGUGGAUGAAUGGGGCUGACUUCAAGGGAAGUGACAACUUCCAACCGAGCUGCACCCUUUUUAUUCCUCCAGCAGCACCCUCCACCCCCCCCUCCCUCGUUUCCUCUCUGCCUUCCUCAAAAUGUAAAGCCAGUGUCCCUGCCGCCCCUGGUGAGCGUUUGAUAAGACUGGAGCGUCUGAAGCGGGAACAGGAAACCAUGAGCUCCCUGGAGGAGAGACUUCAACAGAUUCAGGAGGAGGAGGAGAGAGAUGAAUCUGAGUUGUCUGGAAGCAGUGCAUCCCACUCUCUGCCUUUGCUCCCUCAUGGCUCUUGUGAGGAGGACCCCCAGGCCAUCCUGGAUGAGCACCUUUCCCGAGUUCUCAAGACCCCUGGCUGUCAGUCUCCAGGAAUGCUGCGGCAUUCCCCGCGCUCCCGCUCUCCUGAACAGCGCCCCCUGCCUCGGGGAGGUCCCGGCACCAGGUCGCAGUCUGGCUCUAUGAAUGGAUACAUGCCGGCAAAGACCUUCAUCUCCAGACAGUCGACCAAGCACAUCCAUCACCACUACAUCCAUCACCAUGCUGGGACCAAAAGCAAGGAGCAGAUCGAGGUGGAGGCAACCCAGCGGGUGCAGUGCCUGUGCCAUGGAGCUUCAGAAUGCUGCUCCGCCCCCUACAGCCGCAGCCGGAGUCUGGGCCGAGACCAGUGUGGCAGCCCUGCAGAAGUGGCCUUUGGGCAUCCCAGCUCUUUAUCUAAGCGUCUGUGUAAAUCUGGAGAGGAUGUCAACACGGAAGGGAUGGAGAACAGUCUCCUCCAGCUGCCAGCUGACAGUACAGACCGCUCUCAAAACGUAUGGCAGUGGAUCCUGGAGAGCGACAGACAGACCAAGCACAAGCCCCACAGCACUCAAAAUAUAAAGAAGUCGCACUGUUUGGAUCCCACGCGCACACACACCUGGGGAGGUGGCGGAAGCAGUGGGCAUCUCCGUGCCCACCAGCCCGCACACCCCUACGUUCAGGACCCCGCCAUGCCUCCUCUACCCCCUCCCAACACCCUAGCACAGCUGGAAGAGGCCUGCAGACGCCUUGAAGAAGUCUCCAAACCCUCUAAACAGAGGCAUUCAACAUCAAGCCUUCAGAGAGACAAGAGUCACCCAGUGCCUGUGCAGAAUGGCAGUUCAGCGCUUCAAACGGAUGAACCAAAAGAUCUCAAGAAGAUGUCAGGUUGCCACAGUAGUUUGAGCUCAGAGACAGUGGUCACAUACUUCUUUUGUGGUGAGGAAAUCCCGUACCGCCGGAUGAUGAAAACACACAGCCUCACACUCGGACACUUCAAGGAGCAACUGAGGAAAAAAGGCAACUACAGGUACUACUUCAAAAAGGCCAGUGAUGAGUUUGAGUGCGGUGCUGUGUUUGAGGAGGUCUGGGACGACUGCACAGUUCUGCCCAUGUAUGAGGGCAAAAUCCUCGGCAAAGUGGAGAGAAUGGACUAAACAAGCAUGACAGCCCACAUGUGGACUUACCCAGCACUCAAGACUAACUCGACGAGCGGAAAACGGACGUUUUAUGAAGCUAAAAAAGUUUAGACAUUUGGCUUACCAAGCUAUUGAAGGAAUACUAGCCAAUGAAGUACAGAGGGAUCUGAACCAGCAAUGCAUCAUGAGAAAUUGUUCCUUUGAUUUGGAACGCUAAGAAAGAUGUUAUGACCAAUGAAGACGCAGUCAACCACUUGUUUGUUUGGACUACAGCACACCAACAUUGGUGUGUUACCAUACCAUGGACUGCUGACCAGCAUUUGUGGUAAUUGUAGAUGUGUAUACGUGUGUUGGAUGCGAGAACGUGUGCAUGUGUAUACAGAGGUGCUCAUAUGUACACAAAGUUAUAAUAUGCUUCUGUCACAAGUUAAAGACUUAAUUGCUAUUUAUUAAACUGUCAUUCCCCUCAUACCUGUGUUCAGAUGUUGGACAAGCUGCUUAUUUGAUUGGGAGAUUUUCAAUGUUAUACAUGCAUGGACGGAUGUCUAGAGUCACGCGACCUUAACUCAACAGACUGUACCAGGAAUCUUCUCUUCUGGCCAAUGAGAACGAACUGUGCUUCAGACCAGCACCCCUCUCCAAACCUCUCUGCUGAUUGGGUGGAUAUUUCAACCUUAAUUGCCCAGCCAAUAGCUGAUGUGUUGCAUCUUUAGUGCCUUUGGUUUAAGGUCCAGACAUUGCACAGGAACCAAUAGCCUUGUCCUGGAACCUGUUCCAAAACUCUUAUAAACACUGAGUAAUAGGAAGUCAUGCUAUUUAAAAAACAAAACACAAAAAAAGGUCAUCUUAAUUUCAACACUGUCUGGGAGAUCAGAGGGUGUGCAUGGAAGGGGUUAAUGUCCUGUGUAAAUGUUGAAUGGAAAGACCUGGUUUAGCCUAUUUAAAACCGCUGAGCUCCAGGGGAAAAUCUCGGAAUGCACUGGCAGGAGUGGAUGAGAACAUGCCAUCGCUAGUGUAUUAUACAUUACCUGUGCCUACAUGGAUACCAUGCUGUGUGCUGCCCUGUUUCAGGGUGUGAAUAUUCCCUUGCUUUUCUGAGGGGUUUAUGUUUAAAAUCAUUUUUUAUGCUUUGGAUGUCUUGUAAUCAUGACAUUACGUUUCAGUGUUUUGCUCCCCCGAUUUUGUUUGUGUUUCACUUAAAUGUAAAUUAUGCAUUAUAUAGAGCUUCAUUUUAAAGACGACUUGGUACUUUAAUUAUUGUAAUUACGAAGAGAUGUAGCCUUUAUUAAAAGUUAUAUUU